AUGGAGGUGGAGGAGGAGGAAAGACGCUCUCCACACGAUCAUGUGGAUCGGUGUGUUCCCGAGAGCUUCUUUGAUCGCGUAACGCAAGGGUUACGCGACGAUCUCGAGCAUGAGCGGAAUAGGCGUCUCCAGAUGGUGGACACUGCCUCGAAGCAUCGAGCUGAGUUUGCCUUUGCUCAGCUUGAGAACGAGAGAUCUCUGACAUCUCUUCGUGACGAGCUAAGGGUAGCUCGUGGGAUUGUUGAUCGGUCUCGGGCUGAGAUAACUGCUCUUCAGACCCUUGUUGAUGCCCACCAUCGGGAGCACAAGGCUCUCUGCGAGAUGCUUGAGCGCAAGGGCGUUCUUCAUCGGAAGAAGCAGCGUACUGAUGGUACGGCUUAA